CAGAAAAAAAACGAAAAAAAAAAAACACUACUACAAACUAUUUAGCAUUGUUUGCAUAAUAAUAAAACGAAUCAAACCGCUGCAUACUGUAAAUAAAUUUGCAAUCUAAUAGGGUUGUCAAGGCAAGAGUAGUGCAUUGUGGGCGGUUGUCAGAGUUUGUUUUGACGACAAGCCCUCUUCAAGGCGGCGUGAAAGGUUCCACAGAUUUCAGAAACGCUGCCAAUUACUGGACAUUUAUUUGCAUAAAGGAUUUAGUUUAAUUUAUGGUCAUAUCACUUCCAUGUGCUAUCUGGGUGACGUCAUAAUCAGGCCGUGAUGACCAACAGUCCAGAACCCCACAGAAAAAGCACAUUGCCUUCCAUUCUGAAUGCCUACUUGCCACCUGGUCACAAGAAACUGGUACAGAAUGAAAACAAAAUUGUUUCAAAGAAGAAACAUCCAAUGAAGGAAAGGAAGGAUUUUUACAAAAAAACAUCAGCUGCUGAUGAUGAGGAUGAAGAAAUUAAAAGAACAAAGCAAGCCAUCUUAGAUCAGCGCCAUCUAGAGGCAUGUAAGAAUAUGUACCGUCUCAGGGAUGCAAUGCAUUUGCACUACAGGGAUCUCUUAUGUAAAAAGGUUCAGAAACAGAGACAGCAGAUUAGAGGACGAAGCCUGGAGCUACAGAAACAGACUGAGAAACCAAGAGGGCAGACGGUUUCUGGACAGAAACAGGCAUAUUCCAAGCUGUCUCAUGAUGACAAGUACCUCCAGUCCAUCCCGAAGUCAAGCUAUUACCUGAUUAUAGACAUGCAGAAUCAGUUGGUUCAGUGUGGGUUGCUGAAGACCAGAGGAGACAAUGAAGAGUUUUGGCAUUUGGUACAGCAGUGCCAGCACACCUCACAGCUGAAGAAAAAACUGCAGGAAAUCAAAUCUAGGAUGACUAAAUCUGCACCCAGCCUGCAUGGUCAACCAGACACAGUUAAUCCAUAUCAGGGAGAAGAACCUCCUGGGGAAAAUAAUGCUCUUUCAGAAGAAGCAGCCUUUGAACACAGCACCCAUCAUCAGAGCAAACACAAGAAGGAACAAGACGAAAUUGAGCAAAUGUUUCCCAAGUUACAGGUCCCAACAUUUUCAACACUCCAGCCAAGUUUUAAGCAGUACAAGACACUGGACUUGCAGAAGAAGCUUUCUGCACCAGUUCAGAAGUUUAGCCAAAGAGAAGCAAAUCUCAGAAAGCUGCACCAAAUGUACAACCUUUCCUUUGCCAAUAUGGCAUCAUCCAGGAGACUGCUGGAUAGAAAUGGGCAGUUUACAGACUUUGAAGAGAAGAGCAAUGUCCACAAUCUGAUCCAUUACCUGUUUCCCAGUGAUAAUGAAAUAAUGGGAACACUGAAGGAAAGUUCAGCUGGUGAACCCUCCCUGCCUCCGCUGUGUGGUCCACCUCAUCCGGACCCUGCACAAUCCAACAGUCCUACAGUUGAGUGUUUUAAACAAGACAUCAGCAAGGGCACAGCCCUUCUGUAUCAUUCUUCUGUAGGUAAUAAGAUCUUCGUGGAAAAUGAUGUACCCCCUUUCCAGCCUGCUGCCCCUCUAACCAUGGAAGAGACUUGCCAGAAUAAUCGUGUUUUGGAAGCCAAGCAGGCCAGCAGGUUUUGGAUAAACUACACCACCAUGAGCUCCUGUGAAGCCAAAGAAAAAUGUGCCAGUCCAUUACCAGAGCUAGUGUCUGAAAACUCAGCCAGUGCAGCCGUGUCCCAGAAUGUUCAGCAAUAGUUUGAUGUUCAAAGCAAAAAAGAAAAAGUUAAGAAAUGCUGACAGGGGCUCCCAGGUACCACUUGCAGAAAUCAGAUUGUCAGUGUUUGCAUAGCCUAGCCUAGCCUAGCCUAAUUCCUUUUAGAACCACAGCAGAAUAUAUCAAUAGGCAAUGUCUUUUACUCAUUUAUAACCAAAAGUUUCAAAUUUUGCAAGCAUCUGGAGCUGUCCUAGGGUUGAUUACAGCAGUGGUUAAUCCUUAUGGCGUUGAUGUACAAUUCUGGAAGACACCAUUAUGCCAUAUACAUUUAAAUUUUUUUUUUUUUUAGCAUUUAUUUAUAAUGUUAUUAUAUAAUAUAUGAUACAUAUAGAUUGUAUACAGUUUCUUACGAUAAGUUCAUAGCUUAAUAUUAAAAUUAAAUAGGAUUACUAAACUUCAGAAUGGAUAAAACCUGUUUUUUAUAUGCAAAAUAAACAUGAGCUAUAAGUAAAUAAUUUGUGUUUUAUUUAAACCUCCCACAGCAUUAAUUAUUAUGAGAAUAAAGGAAAUAAAAUAAAAAUAAAAACUUUAUAUAUAAUAGCAUCUAUAACAAAUGAACACGCCAAAGCAUACUGCUUAUUUUUCAGUUCUUAACAUUUUUCUUGUUAAUACAUGCUAAUAAGUUACUAAUCAUAAGACUGAAUCUGCACAAAUGCAAAGUUGUGGGCAUUUUAUAAAUUGCCUAGGCCUUAUAAGUUAUAAGCAAACAUAAACUACAUAUUUUGCCUUCUGCCUACAGCAUACAGUAAUCUUUAACAGUAAAGAAAGUUCUCUUUAUCUUAUUCUAUUAAACUUUCCACCUCACUUCUGCCCUGUAAAAAAAAAAAAAAAAAAAAAAAAAAAAUCUUCCAGACCUGGUUUAGUUCUAAAGGAAAAAACAAAAAACUAAAAGUAGAGUUGCUUACUGUCAGCCAUGCAUAUUGAACUUUACCUGCAUUAACAUUACGUGGCACUGUAUAAAAUACCAAUACCAGCCUGCUAGAUUAUUGCUGUUCUUAAAGGCAUGCUGAAGAUUCUGAAAAACAAGCAGUACAAUAGGCUACUAAAAUAACCUUCUGCCAGGUUUCACUGCUCUAUGGCGAAUGUGUUGCUGUACAAAUAAUGUGCUCCAUUAGCUUGAUGUGGAGUGUUGCUUAUCUGGAAAAUGUGUAUAGUUAAAGCAAUUAUGUUAAAGCAGUCUCCCUUUUUUUUUUUUUUUUUUAAGU